ACCCACCCCCUUGGCGGGGGCUGUGGAGCUGUGGAGCGGGGGGGGGCGGAGGCGAGAGGGCAGCGGCGGCGCCCGGCGGCAGAUCAGAAUGGUCUUGGCUCAGACCUUCGCCAUCUCCCUACUGAUGUAAGCGCCAAAAAAUUGCACCUCCCGGACAGGCAGGUCCUUGCCGCCCUGCGAAGCCACCCCAGCCACCAGGCUCACCUCGACCUGCCGCUUGAUCCCGCGUUCCCAUUCAUGGCAAUGCCCCAGAAUUCGACCGGAGAAAAUGGCUUUUGUUUCGCUCAGACGCUCGACUUCUCUCGCCCCUCUCCUCCUCCCGGCGAGGCCGGCCGGACCUUCGAUGCCCCGAGCGGGCGAGAGGCGUGCGGGACCCCGCUGAGCAACGGCACGGCAUCCUCCGGCGCGCCCAGCCCCUCCGACUCGUGCGCCGAGCCCCUCUGCUCUGCCACCCCCGGAGAGGAGGAGACCCAAUUUGGCAAAGGGAUUAAAUACGUGUCGGCCGACGGGGAGGAACUGGCGUGCGGCUGGGGGGGGUUCACCCCCGGGUGCUUACAGCUCUUUAACACGUCCAAGGGCGUCUUGUUCUUCCUCUGCGUGGCCUCCUUCUUGCAAGGCAUGACGGUGAAUGGCUUCAUCAACACGGUCAUCACCUCCAUCGAGCGACGCUUCGACCUCCGCAGCUACCAGAGCGGGCUGAUCGCCAGCUCCUACGACAUCGCGGCGUGCGUCUGCUUGACCUUCGUCAGCUAUUUUGGGGGGAACGGCCACAAACCGCGAUGGCUGGGUUGGGGCGUGCUGGUCAUGGGCUUGGGUUCCCUGCUCUUUGCCUUGCCCCACUUCACCACGGGACGGUACGAGACGCAUUCGGCAGCCGAGGUGGGCGUCUGCGGGGGGAACCAGAGCCUGCCCUGCGCCCAGGUUGCCUCCAGCCUCUCCGGCUACAGAUUCAUCUUCAUGCUGGGGCAGUUCCUGCACGGGAUGGGAGCCACGCCGCUCUACACGCUCGGUGUCACCUAUUUAGAUGAAAACGUCAAGACUAACUACUCCCCUGUGUACAUUGCUGUUUUCUACACUGCUGCAAUCCUUGGGCCUGCAGCGGGUUAUCUGGUAGGAGGAAUGUUUCUAAAUAUUUAUACUGAAAUUGGCAGAGAGAUCGACAUCACGCCGGAGAACACGCUGUGGGUGGGGGCAUGGUGGAUCGGCUUCCUCGGGGCCGGAGCAGCCUCCCUCCUCAUCUCCAUCCCCAUCCUGGGGUACCCCCAGCGCCUCCCAGGAUCCCAGCGGUAUAUCGUUAUGAGGGUGUCAGAGGCUCAUCAGCUAAAGGAUGGAAGCCACAAAAAAGCGUCGGAUCCGGACUUUGGGAAAACAGUUAAAGAUCUGCCUCGGUCAGUACUGCUGCUUCUGAAGAACCCCACCUUCAUCUUCCUCUGCUUAGCAGGAGCGACCGAAGCCACCCUUAUUGCUGGGAUGUCCACGUUUGGGCCCAAGUUCUUGGAGUCUCAGUUUAGUUUAAGUGCCUCUGAAGCUGCUACCUUUUUUGGUUAUCUGGUUGUGCCAGCCGGAGGGGGAGGCACGUUCCUGGGAGGAUUCCUUGUGAAUAAAUUUAAACUCCGCUGUUCAGGAAUCAUCAAGUUGUGUUUACUUUGCACAGUGUCAAGUCUGCUGGCUAUAUUCAUUUUUUUUAUUCACUGCCCUAACAUGCCAAUGGCAGGAGUAACCCAGAUGUACGAUGGAAGUGCUUUGCCUGGUGGCCACCUAAACCUGACAGCAGCCUGCAACGCCGAGUGUGGCUGUCUACAGGAGACCUACAGCCCUGUCUGCGGGAGUGAUGGCAUUAUGUAUUACUCUCCCUGCCACGCUGGGUGCAAAAAAGUGUCUGAAAACCUCAGGAACGGCAAGAAGGUCUAUCACAAGUGUAGCUGCGUUGAGAAAACCUUCCUGCCCAGCCCCGGCAACGCAGAGGCAGGGAAAUGCACCUCCUCUUGUGCAAAAAGGCCCCUGCUCCUCCUCUUCAUGUUUGUGGUGAUCCUCUUCACCUUCCUGAGCAGCAUUCCUGCCCUGACUGCCACUCUGCGGUGUGUCUCCGACAGGCAAAGGUCAUUCGCACUCGGGAUCCAGUGGAUUGUAGUACGAACGCUAGGAGGCAUCCCUGGCCCCAUCGCCUUUGGGUCCAUGAUUGAUAAAUCCUGCCUGCUCUGGCAGGACCAGUGUGGCGAGCAAGGUUCUUGCUACGUUUACCAGAACUCAGCCAUGAGCCGAUACACCCUCAUCGCUGGACUGGUCUACAAGGUGCUUGGGACAACCUUCUUUGUAGUCGCCUGUCUACUCUACAAACCCCCACCACCAGAGUCGGCUCCGGGCAGCUCGGAUGCAUCUGAAAAUGGCAACUGUGACCUCCAGGAACACAAACCUUCGCUGCCGGCUGAAGAGGAUAUAUAGUGCUGUAUGCGUGCAAGUGACUUUCUCAGUCGCAAAAAUAUGAUGAGAAGAUGUUAUGCAGUCCCUAGGGGUUUUUAAAUUAAUAGUAGUAUCACUUUUUUUAGUUCAAGAUAAAUAAUUUAAUUAACCACUGGUGUGCUUGCUAUUUUCCUAACAGCAGAAGCACAUUUAAAAUUGUGCGCUGAUGCCACAUGCAGUUAUUUAAUUUUAUUUAAAGAAAGGGCUACCAUAGCUUUAUUCUCUGUCUGUGACAAGCAAGGACCGCAUUCUCCACUCGUGGAAAUAAGCACCAGUAACUCCAAUGGAGCAUGUGGGGUUUAAACCACCAGAGGAUCUGGGCCCUAAUAUCUCAGUUGUAAAUCCAACUGUAGCAAAACUUCUGUUGAGACUUCCUAAGCCUGAAAAGAGCCCUGCUAUCCUGCAGUCUGCAUUACAGAGAGGAUGACUGGCCCGUAAACUACUGUAUGCAAAGCAGAUGGCCCCAACAGUGUCCUCUUCCUUCCUGUGACACACAGCAUCACUCCUUUUAUUCAGGAGCAGGUUAUCUAAUUAUGCAAAUUCAUAUUACUGUGCAAUGGGAGAUAAGUUUGAGAGGAGAUUUGUCUAGCAAAUUCAUCAGUACACUACAGGCAGCCAUCCCCGAGAGCUGCCGAGCACUGUACGUUCACUGCCUCAUUUCAUUGCAGAGUUUACACCGUGGUGACACUUCAUUUUUUUUUUUUUCUUGCAUUGUUUAAAGCUGAUGCCUUUUGUAAUGUAUUUUGCAAAACUUGAACUUAACUUCUUGCUGUUUGUUGGGUGCGGGAAGACGUGAGAUACAGAUCUAUGCAAUGCUUCUCUUUGGUUACUCUGUAAAGACAUUGAGUUUGGGUAGAUGAGAAAAGUCAGAAUGAAUUUAAUUUGUCUCUUAAGCUUAAGGGAUAGCUUGCCCUAAUGACAGACUGCCUUGUGGAAAGGGGAUGCUGACUUGUAACUGGCCUGCUUGCAAGUAGAGAGGGCAGCAUUCCCAAAAUGACCUUUGAAUGUGCACUUGCAAUAUUGACCAGGGGAGGAAAAAGUGGAAUUUGGGUGGGCGUGUGUUUGGUUUCCCUCUUAACCCAGAUCAGGCGAGGUUAGUGCUUAGUCUGCCUGUAUUUGCACAGUCACACGAUCCAGGUACAGCUCUGGGGGAGGGCUGUGGCCGGCCCCUGGAGUCCUACACUGUAUAAACCACGCUCACGGGCAUGGGACCCGCGUUACCAAGCUGCAACGCUGGCGCUUCUUUUGUGCCAGCUGCUACUUAGAAUUACUUCCUAGAUGUUUUUGUAUAUUUUGUGUAUGCUUUCAUAAAUGGGCACGGGCUGGGCCUUUGUUUCCUUCAUUAGCAAAGACUCUCAGAGCAGAUGUGAAGCCGUUCCUGUUGCAGACAGGGAUGGCAGCGCUGGGAGCGUUCUCGAUCUUCAGGUCGAUGGCGGUCAAGAAAGCAGCUUCUUCCAUUCACAGAUCCCCUUCCACCAAAGCCAGGUAGUGACCUUCCCGCUUCCAAAGCCCUGCUUUCCCAGCCUCUGUCAAGCACUGGGAGAGACUUGAGUAUCUCCAGUAACUGCUGGAAAAACUAGAAGUGCUAAGGGUUGAGACGGAGCGUGGAUUUUGGCUGCUAAAACGUGGGCAGCUGGUGCAGCUUUGAUAGGGCACAGCAUGCAGGAGAGCCCUGUUUCUGCAGGGAGGCAGGAUUAGACCCACUGAUGCAGGAGUUAACCCCAACACCACCCAAACACCAAAGGCUUCUUCACAACCUCCACCUGGGUUUGGAGCCACCUGCAAACAGGAGCCUGUCUCCAGGCCUUGCCCAGCGAUUGCCCUUCCCAGCUUACAGACACUUUGGGUACAAGCAGGGAUCUUAGAUGGAGAAAAUGCAUGAAUGUAUUUUGGGAACAUAUUUUGUGUAUGAUGUAUUUAUGAAAGGUAGAAGUUUUUCUUAAUAUAUAUAUGGAUAUUGCAAUGCAAUUCUAGUGUUUAUAAAAUGAGCUUUAUCCGAGUGUGUUGUUUCCAGAGCGAAAGAAAAGCUCGUGGGAUUCUGGGCAUUUAUUAUGUUGCUGUGGGACUGGUAAGUCGUGGAUUAAGUAAGCAGCAACAAGGCAUUCCUGUUCCAUAAAUAGGUUAUGUAGGUGUACAGGUAACUUAAAAUGUUUGACAGUAUGUUUCCCGGUCUCAUAUGAAGUAUUAUAUUGCUAUAAAAGCAUAGAAAUAUAAUCAGUAUUUCACAGGUA